CCAGCGUUGAAGGUUACCUCGUGCAUAGUGCGUAAACGGUGCAGGUGGGAGACGGAUAUUCCGCUGCUCUCACACACACUCUAUCAACCGCGCGGUAAUGAUGCUAGCCUGAAUCUUACCUAAGGUUUUCAACAAACCAAAAUGAUAUGAACUUGAGUAGGAUAUCGUAAAAAAAAAAAAAAAAUGUUUUUGUGAAGAGCGUUCGUCAGACCAUAUGGCAGUGCAUUUGGUGGAGCAACUUAUCAUUUGCUUCUGAACAACCAGACUCGAUGAACAAUUUGAGAACUUUGAGAAAAAUGUUCAAGCCAAACAGAGGACUUCAAACGCGGUAAAUUUGGAUAUCGUUGGAUUUAAAAGACGGAUCCCUGUAAGAGCAGUGAUUCAAUCAAACUUAUGGCGUGAAGGGCCCGUUCUCGGCCUUCGUCACUCACAGCUAAUGGAUGUCCUCACACAGUAUGCCUACAAUGAGAGUUUCUGGGACAAUGGGAAUGGGAGCUUCAAUGACACGGAGAGUGGGCAGAAGCACCCGUACAAUUACUAUGCCAUGCUCCUGACGCUGCUCAUCCUCGUCAUCGUCUUUGGCAAUGUGUUGGUGUGCAUGGCCGUGUCCAGGGAGAAGGCCCUCCAGUCCACCACCAAUUACCUGAUCGUCAGCCUGGCCGUGGCUGACCUGCUGGUGGCCACCUUGGUUAUGCCCUGGGUGGUCUAUCUGGAGGUGGUGGGAGAGUGGAGGUUUAGUAAAAUCCACUGUGACAUCUUUGUCACCCUAGAUGUCAUGAUGUGCACUGCAAGCAUCCUCAAUCUCUGUGCCAUCAGCAUUGAUCGAUACACAGCAGUCGCCAUGCCCAUGCUGUACAACACACGCUACAGCUCCAGAAGACGAGUCACUGUUAUGAUCUCAGUGGUGUGGGUUCUGUCCUUUGCAAUAUCAUGCCCCCUGUUGUUCGGCCUAAAUAACACAGCGACUCGCGACGAGUCCCUGUGCAUCAUCGCCAACCCGGCCUUUGUGGUGUACUCCUCCAUUGUGUCCUUCUACAUUCCCUUCAUCAUCACUCUGCUGGUCUACGUGCAAAUUUAUGUGGUGCUUCGCAAGCGGCGAAAACGGGUCAACACAAAGCGCCCGUGUCAAGGGACAGGCGACCGCGACACAGGCGUCACAUUAAAGGAGAAGUGCAGUCACCCAGGAGAUGUGAGUCUGUGCACUGUGAUUGUGAAACCUAAUGGGAGCUUUCCUGUCAACAAGAAAAAAGUGAUCUUCAUCAAAGAGGUGGCCCACGAAGGGGACGACAUGGAGUUGGACGAGAGGACCAAUUGCAACCCUCAGAAACAGAAGAAUGUGGACACUGCUACCACCACGCCUGUCAGCCACCAGCUCCUCCCGCCAACCAAGGGUAACACCAGCCCCACCUCCGUGUCCCCCUCCCCGCCUGAGGGCUCCCUCAAAGUGGAGAAGAACAGUGACUCGAAGGACAUACUGGCGGAAGUGCCCAAAGUGGCUAAAGUGUUUCAGACCGAGGCCUUACCCAACGGCAAAACCCAGACGUCUAUCAAGCAGCAACCCACUCUCAUGAGUAAGAGGAAGAUCUCCCAACAGAAGGAAAAGAAAGCCACUCAAAUGUUAGCCAUAGUCCUUGGUGUAUUUAUCAUAUGCUGGCUACCUUUUUUCAUCACUCAUAUAUUGAACACCCACUGCACCACAUGCAAGGUUCCUGCGGAGAUGUAUAAUGCUUUCACGUGGCUGGGGUAUGUGAACAGUGCGGUGAACCCCAUCAUAUACACCACUUUCAAUAUAGAGUUCAGAAAAGCUUUCAUCAAGAUCCUGCAUUGCUAAGGUUGGCAUUUUCAGCAGGGAGCUGAAAUGAAGAAAAGCAUAACUUAUAGCCUACUAAAAUAUACCUCAUCCACAUGAGGACUCUGCACGUGACCAUAAGUCUCAGUGAUGAUCUUUUGAGAAAUGGAGAGACUGAGUAAAUGCCACACAUGAAGACCUGGGGACUUUAGUUUGAUUAUUUUGUGGACUUAUGAUCUCCCACAUGAAUGUAUAUCGAGGAAUAAUGUAUUUUAUCAAUGAACUGUCUCUUGGAAAUGUCAUGUUGGUCUUAACCAUCGUGCUUGUCACUUAAGAACUGUCCACUCCAGGAAAUGUAAAGAAAACACAAGAAGAUGUGCUUAAAAACACUAAAGCAAACCACCUAUUUAAUCUGUGUAUAUGAUGUAUUUUGAUCAUGGCUGAAUCCUGCAAAGAACAACUAGAUAUCAACAAAUCAGUGUUCAUCUCAGUAUUAAACCUGAUCAUAUUAAACUGGUCAUCCAUCUAUGAGCUCUGCAGCUUUAAACCACCCACAGAAUAAAAUGUGUGUUGCAUAGAGAUGAAACAUUUUGACUCAUGGUUUUCUCACUGGUCCACUUGGCAAGACAGGCACAUGUUUGUGAUACAUUUAAUUAUUAUUAUUAUACCAAAACAACUUACAUCCACCACGUGACAAUUGUUCCUAUCUGGCUCGGAAGGACCAUGAAUAAGGUUUUUAAGCAAUUAUUAUUUACAUUUGCUGUAAAUGCUUUUUAUAAACCUGUUCUAUGUGAUUAAAUGCCUGCAAUGAAAAUUUGAUGCAUGUUGCAAUGCUCCUUUAUAUGGAUUCUCAUGAAAUGUAAGUUUGACAACAACAAAAAAACUAUGUCCAAUAAAUGAAGUAAUGAGA